AUGCAUUUCAGGCUACUGAUGGAGUGGCUUGCUUUGUCAGUGGCCUAUGCAUUUCAGGCUACUGAUAAACUGACUGGCAUUAAUGGGUUUAAUGGCCACAGUGAAAGUAACGGAAACAGCCUUGAAGAUGAGCCCCUUCUUAGGAAAAAUUCCCGGCGUUUUGUCCUGUUUCCAAUACAGUACCCUGACAUUUGGAAGAUGUAUAAGAAGGCACAAGCCUCAUUCUGGACUGUAGAGGAGGUGGAUUUAUCUAAAGACUUGGUGCACUGGGAGAAGCUGAAGGCGGAUGAGAAGUAUUUUAUUUCCCAUAUAUUAGCGUUCUUUGCAGCCAGCGAUGGCAUAGUGAAUGAGAAUCUGGUGGAGCGAUUCAGCCAGGAGGUACAGAUCCCAGAAGCUCGCUGCUUUUAUGGCUUCCAGAUUCUUAUUGAGAAUGUUCAUUCAGAAAUGUACAGCCUGCUUAUUCAGACUUACAUUAAAGAUCCACACAGGAGGGAUUUCUUAUUUAACGCCAUUGAAACAAUGCCCUGUGUCAGAAAGAAAGCAGAGUGGGCCUUGCGCUGGAUAUCAGACAGGGAAGCUACGUUUGGAGAACGAGUGGUGGCGUUUGCCGCGGUAGAAGGAAUCUUCUUUUCUGGCUCCUUUGCUGCUGUUUUCUGGUUGAAGAAGAGAGGUCUGAUGCCCGGUCUCACCUUCUCCAAUGAGCUCAUCAGCCGAGACGAGGGUCUACACUGUGAUUUUGCCUGUCUGAUGUUUAAUUAUUUGGUGAACAAACCAUCACAGCAAAGGGUCACCGAGAUUGUAGUCAGCGCUGUCGGGAUAGAACAGGAGUUUUUAUCAGAAGCCUUACCAGUGGAUCUCAUAGGGAUCAACUGCAAACUAAUGAAGUUGUACAUUGAAUUUGUAGCAGAUCGCCUGCUGGUUGAACUUGGCUUUUCAAAGGUAUUUGAAGCCGAAAAUCCAUUUGAUUUCAUGGAGAACAUUUCUCUGGAAGGGAAAACCAACUUCUUUGAGAAGCGUGUGUCGGAAUACCAGCGAUUCGCAGUGAUGUCACAUACACAGGACAAUGUCUUCACACUGGACGCAGAUUUCUAAUUGACUGACCGAGGUGAUAUGUGACUCAUCAU